GUCAGGUUGACGCUAAAGCCCCACAGCAAAACACGGUCCCAGGCCAGGCAGGGGCAGGGAUAAAUUGGGGAUCUCCUGUAGCCUUUGUUCUUCCUCCCCUCCCUGAGAGGCUGCGCAGCUCCCGGUCUUGUGCUCCUCUUCCCGGGUGAGGAGCAGCCCUCGGAGCCUCUGGGGGAGCAGGGCCAGCAGCUAUGCAGCUCCCGGGCCGGGUGCGCAGCCUGGCGCUGGAGCUGGAGGACAGGAGUCUGCGGGGUGCCUACGGCGGCGGGGAGCUGCUGCGCGGCCGGGUGCGGCUGGAGCUCCGCGGGGCGCUGCGGCUGCGGGCGCUGGAGGUCUGCGCCCGGGGCCGAGCCGCAGCGCACUGGCUGGAGAGCCGCAGCGUGGGGCUCAACAUCGUCUACCGCGACUACACUGCCUGCCAGACCUUCCUGCACCGCCGCUGCCAGCUCAUCCCCGACAAUGGUGAUCUCACCAUCCUGCAGGCAGGCAGACACGAGUUCCCCUUCACCUUCCAGCUCCCCGAGACCCUGGCAACCUCCUUCGAGGGCAAGCACGGCAACGUGCGCUACUGGGUGAAGGCCAAACUGCACAGGCCAUGGUCAGCAGUGAGGAAAGUGAAGAAGGAGUUCACUGUGAUUGAACCCAUCGACAUCAACACGCCUGCACUGCUGGCUCCUCAGGCCGGUGCCAAGGAGAAACUUGCUCGUGCUUGGUACUGCAAUCGUGGCCAGGUUUCUGUGACUGCCAAGAUCGACCGAAGAGGCUAUACCCCAGGGGAGUUCAUCCCCAUCUUUGCCGAGAUCGACAACUGCACUAGCCGAGCAGUGGUGCCCAAGGUGGCCAUCAUCCAGACCCAGACCUUCAUCGCUCGGGGCACCAAGAAGCAGAAGAGGCUGGUGGUGACCAGCAUUGUUGGCGACUCCAUCGCAGCAGGCAAGCGGGAAGUGUGGCACGGGCGGGCACUGAAGAUCCCACCGGUGGCUCCCUCCAUCCUGCAGUGCCGCAUCCUCCAGGUGGAAUACUCCCUGAAGGUUUGUGUGGACAUUCCCGGGACGUCCAAGCUGCUCCUGGAGCUGCCGCUGGUCAUCGGAACCAUCCCACUGCAUCCCUUUGGGAGCCGCACGUCCAGCGUCAGCAGCCAGUACAGCCUCAGCCUGGACUGGCUGAGCACCAUCCCGGAGCAGCCGGAGGCUCCUCCGGAAUACUCCUCAGUUGUGUCCAGCCCUGAGGCUGAGCAGAGCCUGGCUCCACCGUGCCGCAGUGAGCUCGGCAGCGUCCUGGAGGGUCCUUUCUUCGCCUACAUCCAGGAAUUUCGCUUCCGACCCCCUCCACUGUAUUCAGAGAUUGAUCCAAACCCUCCUUCAGACAACAUCCGUCCGCGCUGCAUGACCUGCUGAGAAGUGCAUCGGAUGUGGCUGACACAGAGGUGAUCCCUUGGGAUGGAAGCUUGCACCCUCACAGCACUGGCCUGGAAAUGGGGACAUGGUGGCUGCGAGACCAGAGCUCCUGCAGUGCCAAGACCCCAGGUCUGCUCACUGCUCUGGCACUGGUAGGCCUGGACUGACGCUGAGCCUGCUGUGGUGGACUUGUGCAUGGUAGGAGGGCACAGGAGAGCCCUCAGCGUGGAGCGGUUGGGCAGGAUGUGGAGGGUUAACUGCCCCAGGAUGUUUGGGCUCAAAGGGAGGAUGUUUGCUCUCUCCUUACCUGCCGUGGCCAUACUCUGGCAACUCCUGUCAUGGAAAACAGGAGUUUGAGAGACAUUGUAGGAUUUCUAGAGAAUAUUCUCAUUUUUCUCGGGUUCGAGUCCUGUGGUGCUGGAGUUGCAGCCCUUCUGUAGCAGCUCAGCAGGACUGCAGCUCCUGUACUGCAGCUCACUAAAAGGCCUUUUUCUGCCCAAAUGAAGCAGAGACUUUGUCUACUGCUGAUAAUCUUUGACCACCACAAGCCUGGUGAUGCUUACAGGAGGAAUGGUUAGAGCUGGCCUGCCAAAACUAUAAAGGCUUCCACGUACUGUUACCAGGACAGAGGACCUGGGAUUUAUGGUCUGUGGCAGUGCUUAGGUGCCACAGAGAACAGGACAACUGGUUCCUGUGUGUUGGCACCAAACCUGCCCUGUGUGCUGAUGCCUCCCCUGUGAUGGGGCUGAAAACCAGCCCCCAAAGUUCAGUACCCACCAUGGGGGCUUGGAGCUGUGGCUCUGGCAUCUUGCUGGUGGCCAAGAACGUUCUGAGGCUGGUGACAGCCAUGAGUGGGAGAUGUGGAGCUGAAGGGUCAUUCAGGACCAGGAGUCCUGCACAGGACAAGCUUGACCCUGUGCCUCUAGAAAGGUUGGUGGCCCUGACUCUGCCCUCACCAUGCACUACCCUGUGUUGACUGGCACAGGAACUGGUGAACUGGGUCUUGUAGUGUGGUACCAGGGGCUGACUCUUCUCACUCCAGCAGGACCUGAGCAGGGUUUGGGUGCUGAGGACUUAGCAUUCCCUCACUGAGCCAGUCCUGCCCGCGGGGCUGCUGGCGUCGGCGCGCCCCUGAGCCAGGCGUG